AUGCGUCUGAAUCAGCAGGAAUCAGACGGAUACAAGAAUAAUUUGGAAUCAGAUUCCUUGAGCGUGCAGACAGACUCCCAGGGACCACGAGCAUCUUCUGAAGCUCCAGAUGCUGAAGGAGAAACCACCAACAUAGGAGGUCAAGAGGAGAAGACGACAGACACGAACCCGGACAGCCGAUACACCCUUGGAGAGCUGCUGGGAAAGGGAGGCUGCGGUUCAGUCUAUGAAGGCGACCGUAAGGUGGAUGGGAACCAGGUGGAGGUGCCAUGCACUGUACCCGAGACGGACGACAUCUCAGAGGGAACGUCUUGUGUGGUUGAGGACAGCUCCGAGCUGCACGAGUGCUAUGAGGUUCACGAAAUCAUUGGAUCAGGUGGUUAUGCGAUGGUCAAGCUUGGCAGGCACAUUCGGACUGAAGAACCAGUGGCUAUCAAGAUUCUGGAGAAGAAAGAGCUCGGGGAUGAGUUGUCAGAUUUGAGGAUAGAGAUUGAAGCCCUGAAGAACCUCAAUCAUCAGCAUGUGUGCCGCUUGUACCAAGUCAUGGAGACAGCUGACCAGAUCUACAUGGUGCUUGAGUUUUGUCCGGGUGGAAAUCUGUUCGACCACAUCUUUAAUAACGACAGGUUGUCGGAGGAGACGCGCAGGAUCUUCCGUCAGAUCGUCUCGGCGCUGGCCUACAUCCACAGCCAGGGAUACGCCCACCGUGACCUUAAGCCAGAAAACAUGAUGCUGGAUGAGAAGAACAACAUCAAGCUCAUCGACUUUGGUCUCUGUGCCAAACCAGAGGGUGGAUUGGGUACUGCUCUGAUUGAGGGCUGUGGAACCCCUCCCUACUUGGCACCAGAAAUCAUUGAUGAGCAACCCUAUCAUGGUGCAGAGGCAGAUGUUUGGAGCUUGGGUGUUGUCCUAUAUGUCAUGCUGUGUGGCUACCUCCCGUUCGACGGUGACGACUUUGUGGAGCUCCAUGGACAAAUCACUAAAGGACAUUAUGACACUCCUGCUUGGCUGUCUCCUGGUUCUGUACUGCUGAUUAAGGAAAUGCUGCAGGUGGUUCCAGAGUGGCGCAUAAAGGUGGAGCAUCUGCUGGAUCAUGAGUGGGUAAUGAAGGGGUACAGCAGCCCUGUGGAAUGGCACAGCACAUGCCCGCUGGAUCAUCUAGAUGAGGAGAGCAUCACUGAGAUGGCUGUGAUGUUCAGACAGUCCAACCAAAGCAUCAAGCAGCUGGUGUCUGAGUGGAAGUUUGAUCAGACCACAGCUACGUAUCUUUUGCUCUUGAGAAGGAAGCAGCGCAGUAGUCCAGUGUGUAGCUGAGCGGAUGUGUAAGAAAUCCAGCAGGAGACGUCGUCGUGUGAAAAGGAGGGACGAUGGUGGCGCCAUCCAAUCAGGAAACCUUACAUCUCAAUUUCACAUUUCAAUGAUUGUUGCAGAUGUUUCUCUCUAACCCAUCCUCUCUCUCUCUUCUUUUACCAGAACGAUGCAUUUUGGGUAUCUGUGUGUGACUGGUUAGAGGAACUCCACUGAGGUGCCGCCCUUGUUGAUCCACACAGCUGUAUGAGAAGUGUAGAACAUGAAUGACCAGGAUCAACAAGCCUCAAGAUCUUAAAACAUUAAAUAAAAAAUAAAUUAU